AUGAGCCGUGGGUAUCUUCGGGCCAGCAUACCAAAUAUACUCAUCAGACUUGAAGUCCUGCAAGAAUUGGGACAUCAACUGGACAAAGAACUCCGCCACAUCUUGGAGUUGGGAGGGAGGGCCGACAAGCUGUUGUUCAUCUUGCGACUGUCCCCCAAGAUGAUGGACAACCCUAAGAUCAGUGAACACGUCCAGGAACUAAGUGUUGUAUUAUACUUGUGGAUUAUGCAACUGAACACACCACCCUAUCGACAUAUCUUUCAUGAGAUUUUCCCCUCGUUUUAUCGAGGGCCUAUUAAAGUUUGGCUCGACAAGGACGGUGAACGGACAUUACAGGAAGGACCACUGACAUUCUGGAUUGUCGUGGAUGGUCAUAUUCGACUCCGUGUGGGCGAGGAGGUAGGACUUUUGCCCCUCUCCAUGUGGACCACGGACCGGAAGCUCAUCAUGUUUGACAAACUAGCGGUUUGUCAAACUCUGGGCGUGCUCUGGGACAGCCGAGGACAGAACCUCUUUGAACCGGUAGACCAAGAUGGAAAUUAUCUGAUAGCCACCUAA